GUAGAUAUAAAUUGAGAUUUAGGGUUUCUCUAAAACCUUCAUUAACAAUGGCCGAUCUAGAAGCGGUUACUACUGAAGUAGAGAAGAUUACUUCUACUGUAGAUAUGGAACUCGUUGAAGAAACCGCCGCCAUCGUGGAGUAUAACGGUAACUCCAAGCGUGCGAGAGAAGACGAAGGCGCUGAAACGGACGAGAAUGGAGGCGGUGUAGCGAAGAAGCUGAAGGAGGAGAAGUCUAUUGAGGAGGAGAGGAUGGAGAAACUUGUAGGAGGUGAGGAGAAGAAGGAUGAAGCAAGUCCUAUAAGCUUGGGACCGAAGAACUUUGGGUCGUCGGUUGAGAUGUUUGAUUUCUUCUUCAAGUUGCUUCAUUCUUGGACUGUUAAUAUCGAUAUCAACAAGUAUGAGUACCUGUUGUUGCUGGAUCUGCUUAAAAAGGGUCAUCUUGAACCAGAGAAGAAAAUUGGUAAUGGGGUUCGUGCUUUUCAAGUUCGGUUUCACCCAGAAUACAAAAGCAGGUGCUUCUUCAUUGUGAAAGACAAUGGUUCAGCUGAUGACUUUAGUUUCAGAAAGUGUGUUGAUCACAUUAGUCCACUUCCAGAUAAUCUGAAAGUGAAAUCUGAAGUGAGCAGGGGAUUUGGAGGUAGGUUUGGUGGUGGUGGUGGUGGAAGAGGAGGUAGGUUUGGUAGAGGUGGUGGUGGCCGUGGAAGAAGGUGAUGAUGAUCAGCUGAUUUUGAAAUUUUUGAGCACUUUCUUUUUGUCUACUUUUUUUUUUUGAUAAACAAUCACUAUCCGGUGUGGUUUCUCUUCUUUUUUAUGUUAUUUGGUGUCAUUAUAUGGAUUCAAUCUUGAUUU